UUGUCCGAAGUCGACGGGCGCACGUACACCGCGUAUUAAUAGCCACCGCCGGCCGACACCGCAGCCGCACGCGAGUCGCACCGCGGCCGCGCCAUACACCGCACGCAUCAACACGCGCACACCCCACACUCGACAGAUAUACAGCACACCCGAAAACGGAAUACGAACUGAACGAACAAAACCGUAAAAAGAAAAAGUCCCCGAAACGAAAGCGAGAGGAACGUGCGUGCGAUCGCGUAAAUACGUAGCGCAAAAAGUGCCGCCGUCAGUGAAACUAGUGAAAAGUUUUUUCGCCGCGCGCGGGGGGACCACCCCUCGACGCCGGAAAAAAUCGCCCCUCGCGUCCCGCCCGCUCCGAACUUUUCAUUCACCGGGGAAAAAAGUGUGGCAAGGCCGCCGUGACGUCACGCGUCAAGUGGCCACGCGUGUUUCCUAGCAACGUGACACUCUGCGAGUAAAGUGUAGUCUCGUGGUUGCGUGGACGUGUAAUGAGCUCAGUGAGUGAGGAUGUCCUGCGGUUACGGUGGAUGGAGUGUGGUGGAGAGUGAGAUGUAGCAGUGGUUGAUAGCGGACUCGAUGUGCAGCACGGGGCGCGCGCGGCUGGCCAGGAUGCACCUGCCGGGCGGCGGCGGCGCCGUGUCGCCCGACACCAGCUCCACGCUGCUGCACGAGACCUACACCAAGAUGACGUCAGACAUCCUCGCCGAGCGCACUCUCGGCGACUUCCUCUCUGAGCAUCCUGGUGAACUGGUCCGGACGGGCAGUCCUCACUUCGUGUGCACAGUCCUGCCCCCGCACUGGCGGUCGAACAAGACUCUCCCGGUGGCGUUCAAGGUGGUGGCGCUGGGAGACGUGGGUGACGGCACGCUGGUGACCGUCCGCGCUGGUAACGACGAGAACUGCUGCGCCGAGCUGCGGAACAGUUCUGCCGUGAUGAAGAACCAAGUCGCCAAAUUCAAUGACUUGCGAUUUGUGGGCCGCAGCGGUCGCGGUAAAUCGUUCACGCUGACGAUCACGAUAUCGACGACGCCGCCACAAGUGACGACGUACAACAAGGCCAUCAAAGUGACGGUCGACGGACCCCGGGAGCCGCGAUCCAAGACCAUGUUGUCGCUCCUAGGGCAGCAGCAGCAGUUCCACUUCGCGUUCGGCCAGCGCCCAUUCCCGUUCCCGCCGGACCCGCUCGGCGGAUUCCGCAUGCCGCCCAUCACUACCUGCCAGAAUAUGAGCCAGUUCGGUCUGAGCUCGAGCAACUCGCACUGGGGCUACGGCGGCGCGGGCGCAUAUCCUGCGUACCUGCCCUCCUGCGCAGCCCCGGCAGCGACGCAGUUCAACCCGCCGGCCCUAGGGUUCCCAGGAUCGGUGCCUGACCAGACGCCCUCACAGGACUUCACUGCCAACAAUACAGUACUUCCGGACACAACGGGCGUGGACCUGGACCAGCAGCUGUCAGGGCUGGUGGGGUCAUCGCCCUCGCACCACUCCACGCUCAUCCCGCGAUACAACAACAACGCAGACUACAGCCUCUCCACCGGGCCCCGGUCUUUGAGCGACAACAGUUCGCAACCAGAGUCUCCAGUACAGGACGACCUACUCACCUCAAACACCACGACGAAUAUUGGCCACAACCACACGAACAGCUCGAAUUUCCCAUCCCUAAUGGGAUCACAGAAUUCUUCGUACGGGAGUAGCAAUUGCAACAACUCUCUAUACCCAGUCUUGCCUGCAAGUUUGCUUUACAGCCAGCUAUACACCGCUGCAAACCAGACGCAUAACUUCCACCCGCUUCAUUCAAACUCGAUACAUUCGACGCAAAACCAUCACAACGAGCUGCAGACGAUGAUGGACCAGAUAUCCUCAACGACUAACAACCACAGACAACAUAAUCAUAACAACCAUGUUCAGGGGGAUUUAUUACUCGGUGGGGGUAGCUCCUGCGCGGCUGCGGCGGCGAGAGGUGAGGACGGGAGGGUGAACAGUCUCGGACAGAGAGGCAAUCCUCAGCCUGACAGCAAUACCGUGUGGAGACCCUACUAAGUCAAAUGACACUUCUGUAGUGAAAGUAAGGGACAAGUCUUCUUGAACUAUGUUAUAUGGUGAUCGAUGAUAGUGAAAAGUGUGCUCACAUUUUAAUACCUCAUUAAAGUACAUUAUGAGCAAAAAUAAAAUAUUUUACGUUUGUAAUGAAGAUACAGUGUACGUUUUAAAAAAGAGCAGUCGAUCAAUUAAUGUCUAAGAUAAGUUUUCGAAGUAAUUUUAAUGCAACGAAAUAGAUUUUCGAAGCUAAAAAAAAGGUAUUGUAAAAUAUUAAAUGUACUUACGGGUAAAUUAUUAGUGAAAUUGUAAUGUAAAGUCCUGGAUUUUAUUCGUUCCCGUCCUGAAAAUAUACGACGUCUCAGUUGCAUAAACGUGCCAUUCGAUGUAAAGUUUAACUUUUGGUUUUAUAAAUGGGAAAUUGUACAUAAAAUGUGAAUAAGUUGUUGUAAAUGCAUCUUGUAAAGUGCAAUAGAUGUGCAAUCAUAAAGUUGGUAGAUUUAAGUAUAUUGACAUAGUUAUAAGUGUAAGUUUAUCUGUUGGUUAAAUCGUGGAAUCUGUCCGAUUGUAGAUAUAACUAAACGUGAAUAGGUUGUUCUUUUAAGUACAUUAUUAUUCUUUGUAUGUUGUUUCCAUAACUCAGAGUAUGGAGCCGGAAUUCUAUCUUUCGUGCUAUCUGGUAACGUGUUUCUAUAAUGUUCUUUUCAAAAAUCAUACAGCAUAUUUAAAAAAAAAUGGUCAUCAUAUAAUUAAUACGUUUAAUUAUAUUUUGUAAAUAAAUUAAUGUCAGAUUUGUUUGAAGCAUCGUUGGCUUGUAAUUUACAAAUUCCGAGAUUUUAUGUUGAUUAUUAUGAG